CUGGACUCAGCCUGACCCCAGCCCUGGCUGAUCUCCCCUUUCCUCGAACCACCCAGGGAUCUGCCCUCGGGACUGCACCUGGACUUCACCACCCUCUCCCUGCCCCACAGAAGGUUUGAGAGUGUAUGCCCACAGAGCCAUGGAGACCAUGAAGACAUGGCUUCACUCGACUCUCGAGGUCAGGCCCAUGUGUUCUCUGUAGAUAGCUCUAAGAGAAGGGAGUACCGUGAGGACCCAGAGUUCUGAGUUCUGGGAACCAGAUAAGGAAUGAAAUCUUGGGAUCUGGAAGGACUAAACACAGGGAAUCCAGGGAGCAGAACAGAGAUCCAAGAAUGUAAGAAGCACCUCUAAGGAUUUGGAAUCGGAGACCCUCAGUCACCAGAAAUGGGAACUCCAAGCUGUAGGAAGCCAGGAGCUUGGUUUCCUUUCUGGCUAUCCUCCCAAUGACAUCUUUUGAAACACAGAACUUUGAAUUUUGACGACAUCUGACUUGUCUGUUGUUUUUCGUCUUGUGCUUUUGGUACGAUCGUAGAUUCAUGACCAAGAAGCCAUUGCCAAGCCCAAAGUCAUGCAGAUCCAUCUCAUGUCUUGUUCUAAGCCUUUUAUGGUCUUGCCUCCUGCAUUUAAGGCUUUGAUGCCUUUUGAUUUCACGUGUGUGGAGGCAGGCACUGAACUGCGUCCCGGUGUGUGGGUGCCCAGUUGUCCCAGGACCCUCCGCUGAAAAGACAGUUCUCCCCCCAGAGCUGUCCUGGCAGCCUUGCUGAAAACAAGUAGGUCAUGGAGAUGUGGUUUCUCCCCGGACUCCCAGUGCAAUGGACUCCUAGUCCGUCGAUCUUCGUGCUCAUCCUGCGCCGACCCACGCAUACCGCUGCCUGGAUCCACACAACAUGCGUCGGCCACCUUCUUCCUUUUCAGUGUUGCCUGGGCCGUUCUGGGGCUCGAAAUUCCGUGUGGAUUUUAGGAUCAGCUUGUGUCUUCUUGCCCUCGGCCGCAGCAACAGUGAACGAGCCCACCCUGGAAGAAAUGGGGCUCACAGCCCUGGCACCCCUGGCCGACAUGCUGAGCAGCCCGCAGCCCGGCCCCCUCGUGAGCCCCCUGACGGGCCCCCUCAGCUCGCUGCUGACUGGCCCAGCCCCUGUGUCGCAGAGCACCCCCAUCUCCAGCCUCCUGAACGGGCCCCUGCCCAGCCACCUGCCCAGCCACCUGCCCAGCCCCCUGGCAGUGACCCCCGCCACGGGCGCCCUGACCAGCCCGCUGGGCAGCCACCUCACGGGCUCCGUGGCGACCCCCACCAUGGGCACGCUGGCCAGCUCCUUGGGCAUGAUCUCCACUGGCUCUCUGACUCCAAGCAGCCCCCUGGCCGGGCCGCUGGCCGUGUCACAGAGUGGCCCUCUGAUGGCCCCCGUGGGGGGCCCCGUGACAGUCUCUCUGAGCAGCCCCCUGCUCAGCUCCACGGCUGCCCCUAUAGGUGUCUCUCAGAACCUUCUGGCCAGCCCCAUGGGCAACCUGGUGCUGUCGGAGGCCCCCAGGGUACGGCUGCCAGAGCCCCAUUCUUCGGCCGCCACCCCCAAAGUCCCUCUCCCUGCUGAGCACGCCCGGAUGACCCAGGACCCAGAGCCCCCCAGCGUGGCGUUUGUGGGCACGCCCCUCCAGACCUCCACCCCCAUGGGCUCCGUGGCCACGCCCAUCCCCAGCACCGCCUUCUCCUUCAGCGCCUCAGACCCCCGGGCCCAGCCCAGUGCCCCCCAGGGACAGAUGGUUCCCGCCGCUGUCCCCGCCUCCCCCCAACUCCCCGUCCUCACGGGCACCACCACUCCGGCCCCCCAGCCCCCCGGUGGCUACACCUCGAGCACCACACACGUGGCCCCCCAGUCCCCCGCCCGCGUGCAGCAUUCGUCCAGCCGGCCCCUGGCCAGCCCCCACUCUCCUCCACGCAACGCCCACUCCUCCCCGUCUCGCACCGCGUCCUCCCCGGCCUCGGUCAACGACACCCGGGCUCCCAGCGCCGCGGAGCCGGCUCGGAAGAGCAUCCUGGAGUUGGAGCGGAAGCUGACCCACCGCAAGACUAGCAAGUUCGCCGACAGCUCCCGAGAGCCGAAGCAGCUGGCCUGGGAAAGGCUGGUGGGGGAGAUCGCCUUCCAGCUGGACCGCAGGAUCCUGUCCAGCAUCUUCCCCGAGCGUGUGCGCCUCUACGGCUUCACCGUGUCCAACAUUCCAGAGAAGAUCAUCCAGGCCUCGCUGAACCCCAGCGACCACAAGCUGGACGAGGAGCUGUGCCAGACACUCACCCAGCGCUACGUGAGCAUCAUGAACAGGCUGCAGAGUCUGGGCUACAACGGGAGGGUGCACCCGGCGCUGACGGAGCAGCUGGUGAACGCCUACGGCAUCCUGCGGGAGCGGCCCGAGCUGGCGGCGUCCGAGGGCGGCUCCUACACCGUGGACUUCCUGCAGCGCGUGCUGGUGGAGACUGUGCACCCCAGCAUGCUCACCGACGCCCUGCUGCUGCUCUCCUGCCUCAACCAGCUGGCGCACGACGACGGCAAGCCCAUGUUCAUCUGGUGACGCCGGCACCGGCUGGCCCAGGCUGGCCCUCCCCGCACCCCGCCAAUGACAUUAAAGCUCCCCACAGACACCA